ACUAGCUGCAUGCCUGACACCUUCCAGAAGGGAGGUGUUCUCAAAAUUACAAUAGAAUUGUCAGGGUGGGACUGUCUGUUUCUGAAGAUAUCCCAAUGGGCCAGGUUUAAAGAAAAACAAGCGAACUUUCUUGCUUUCUUUGCCUGUAAGACCGAAAGCAUUUUAUGUAAUCCUUCUGCCUGGAACAGAUGGAAAAAUCCAUUUAGAGCUGUUAAACAAGUUUCCCAAUUGUGUUUUCCACCUGCCAGUGAAGUAUUCAAAAGUGGAAACUGGAACAUUUGACUUGGAUUUCUGGACAGAAAGAAAGUUGCCCAGAUAACAUCUGCCUUCAGGCCUGUAGCAGAGAUGACGUCAAGAUUCCAACCCUACCUGCUUUCCUGGCUCCUCUUGGCCUUGUGUUUCUGUCACUCUGUGGAGAUGGCCACUAGUUUACAGCAAAGCUUCAAGAGUGAUCUCCUCCAUUUUUAUCACACGUUGAUUCUUCCAGAUGGCAAGGAAACCACAGUCCAUCUGUUGAAGGAUACACUGAAAAGGUACUAUUUUGUUUUAGGGGAAGGCAGAACAUCAGCACCUCUCACAGUGACAGUGACCCCAUGCGAUGUCCCCAUUGAGUGGAGUUUACGGGUCCACAAAUCAUCAACAAACUACUUUGGAAAAGCAGCUCAGGAUAAAUUGGAUGUUGAGGAGUCCCUAAGGUAUCAGAAGACUACAAAGAUAGUGUCAACUCUCUUUAGCUACAGAGGCAAUUCUGUGGAAACCUACACAGGGACAUCAUACUACUCUGCUGUCUAUAUGUUUGAAUUCCUGUCCAUUGAGAGAGAUACUCACAUUACAGUGUAUCUUGCCACUGACACAACUUCAGAACACCUAUAUCCAGAACUACCAGCAGAUCCACGAAUAGAUGUCAUUGGGAUUGGCCACACCACAGUAACUCUAGCUUGGAAGCACAGUCCAACAGCCCUGAAACACAAAGAAAACAUCCAGUACUGUGUUUUGAUGAACGAAGAACACAACUACAAGAGUCUGUGUGCUGCAGAAACUGCAAUAAGAUCUUCUGGGAUGAAAUCAUCUCAAGCACUGGCAAUUUCUCUGCCUGCACAGGGACUUUUGCUGGACCCUCAGCAAGUGAUGGUAUUGUCCAAUGGUGAGUUAAGCAUCAUCAGCAAAGCUAGCAACGGGGAGGUGAGGCAGACAUGUGUGGGUACCAAGAACACCUAUACCAUACCCAACCUUACUCCCAGCACUCAGUACUACUUUGAUGUUUUUGUGGUCAACUUCCUUACCAAUGCCAGUGCCACCUAUACUGGAACCUUUGCCCGAACUCUUGAAGAACCUGAGCCCAAAGUGACUGACAUGAAGGAUGGGAAGGUGAUACAACUCAUCCUGGAUGGAAGACAGCAAAAAUUCUACACUUUGCAAUAUCGGACAAGGCAUAAGCAAGUCCAGUUUGCCUUCCAGUCUUGUAGUGGCCAAGUACACAUCGAAAUCUCAAGAGAAGAUAAAGUGCUGAUGUCAGAAGGCUUUGCCGGCUUGAGGCACUUCAUACUGAAGGGAAGGUUGGGUGACACCUAUGUGAUACGCCUGGGGUCUACUGAACCUUCAAAUGCCUCUGUCAAGGUUCAGGUGUCAUCUCUCUUCCACAAGCCUUUCUUCCCAGCUCUCCCAGAGAGUUUAAAAAUUAAGUCCUUUAGCAAGCUGAGGACUUGUGAUUCAGUCACAAUUGCCUGGCUAGGAACACAGCAGCUCAGCAAGUACUGCGUAUACAAGAAAAAAAUUGAAGAGGACCAAGUUUGGAUGGAAACGAGGAAUGCUGACAGGUGCUCCGGACCUGAGUCAAGGCAAAAAGGUGACAAAGUCCUGUGCAAAUACUUCCAUGAAGCUAAUUUACAACGAGCGGUGACAACAGAAACUAUCAAGGGGCUGGAAUCAGGGACCGUCUACUUGUUUGAUGUUUAUCUCAUUGGUCCCUCUGGGAUUCCAGUCAGGUAUUACAGCAAAGUUGUGAAGACACGGAAGAAAUGUUGAGCAUCCUUUAAUUGUUGGCUCCUGAGGAAUUAUGAAGCUAGAGGAGCAUGAUGUACAUUUAUGGCCCACAUUGCUCAAAAUGUGCCAGAACAGAAAACAAUGUUUUACACUGUACGAUUUGAGAGUAAGCAACUCUUAGUCUAGAAUUGUAGACUUGCUUUUGGGACCUUUCUCCUGUCAUUUGUGAAAUCUCUUAUCUGCAAUUUCUCAAAGAGCACUUUAUAAACCAAAUAUUUGACAUCAGAAUUGAAAUAUUCAUCUCAAAAUCUGUAAGAUGUCAACCUGAAAAAGGACUAACAACAACAAUAUAACAGCAAACACAUUUUGCAAGGUGAUUUUUCAAUGAGCAUUCAACUAUUGCAUCCCAACCCCUUAAACUUGAAUAUCCCAGUUAAUAUCAGUUUGGAUAACAUCACAGAUGGACAGCAACAAUGUUCAGUGAUAAUUUGACCCUGCAACAUGGGAACUGAAUACUUGGAUUGGGGAUGAACUGAAAUUAAGACUCUUGUCUUUGCAUCAUUUUGUGUGGUCAUUCUAAUGAGGCUGAUACCUAGAGAUGGAAAAGUCAAGGGAAGAGAAGACUUUUCGUUUCAAAGGCAUUCCUGCUCCAUAUAUUUCUGCUCUGCAUCUAGUGAUACACCAUAGUUCCUAGUCAUUCCCUACUGUGAGGGGGUGCAAUAUGAGGACAAACAUGCAUUGGCUGAUCCACUAUUGACAGGGCCCUCUAUAUAUUGUGUCACUUUUUUGUAAACUCUUUCCCAAGAAGGACAGAGAAAUUGUCUCUGCCAUAAUCUGAGCCAAUGUGGUCUAGUAAUUUGAGGGUUUGACUAGGAUUCUGGGAAGCCAAAGUGCACAGCCAUGGAAAUUCACUGGGUGAUCUUUGGUAAGU